GGAAAAGGAACUUGCUCUUCUAGCAGCUGGAGCGGCGAGCGUUCCCUGACGUGAGACGGGGAGAGUGUGCCGCGGGGCCAGGGGUGGGGACAGCAAGCGGGAGACGCGCGCGAGGCAGCCGGCGGAGGGCGCAGAGCGAGCGCGGAGGCGACGGCCCCCAUGCCGGCGGCCAACAUGAUGGAGAACCUGCAGCUGCCCGCCCUGCAGGUGCCCGAGUCGCAGGGCGCGCCCGAGGGCAGCCCGGCCUGGUCCAGCUCGUCCACCCCCACGCUCCGCCGCCGGCGCUUCAAGAUGCGCCGCAUGAAGAACGUGCAGGAGCAGAGCCUGGAGGCCGGGCUGGCCCCCGGCAAGGAGUUCCUGCAGCUGCCGUCCAUCGAGAUCACGCCCUCCAGCGACGAGGACACCCCGUGGUCCAACUGCUCCACACCCAGCGCUUCCCCGCGCCGAAAACGCUUCCUCCUCCGCAAGUGGCUGAGGGUGAGGGAGCGGAAGGAGUGCAGUGAAAGCAGCAGCCAGCAGAGCAGCCAGCAGAGCAGCCACGAUGAUGAUUCAAGCAGGUUCCUGAGCCCUCGAGCACGGGAAGAAGGCACUGCCAGUAACUCAAACCGCAGCACACCGGCCUGCUCACCCAUCCUCCGCAAGCGGUCCCGCUCGCCAACCCCACAGAACCAGGACGGAGACACCAUGGUGGAGAAGGGCUCAGAUCACUCCUCAGACAAAUCCCCGUCCACACCAGAGCAGGGUGUGCAGCGCAGCUGCUCCUCGCAGUCCGGCCGGAGUGGCGGCAAAAAUUCCAAGAAAAGCCAGAGUUGGUAUAAUGUGUUAAGCCCUACUUACAAGCAGAGAAAUGAAGACUUCAGAAAGCUCUUUAAGCAACUUCCAGACACGGAGCGCCUCAUUGUUGAUUACUCGUGUGCACUCCAAAGAGACAUUCUUCUUCAGGGCCGACUCUACCUCUCUGAAAAUUGGAUCUGCUUCUAUAGCAACAUCUUCCGCUGGGAAACUCUGCUGACAGUCCGUUUGAAAGACAUCUGCUCCAUGACUAAAGAAAAAACAGCUCGCCUCAUUCCCAAUGCCAUCCAAGUUUGCACUGAUUCAGAAAAGCACUUCUUCACUUCAUUUGGGGCCCGGGACAGGACGUACAUGAUGAUGUUCCGGCUCUGGCAGAAUGCUCUCCUGGAAAAGCCUCUGUGCCCCAAGGAGCUCUGGCACUUUGUUCACCAGUGCUAUGGGAACGAGCUGGGCCUCACCAGUGAUGACGAGGACUACGUGCCCCCCGAUGACGACUUCAACACGAUGGGCUACUGCGAGGAGAUCCCUGUUGAAGAGAACGAAGUGAAUGACAGCUCAUCCAAGAGCAGCAUAGAGACCAAGCCGGAUGCCAGUCCACAGCUGCCCAAGAAAUCCAUCACCAACAGCACACUGACAUCCACGGGCAGCAGCGAAGCCCCCGUCUCGUUCGACGGGCUGCCCCUGGAGGAGGAGGUGCUGGAGGGAGACGGGUCCCUGGAGAAGGAGCUUGCCAUCGACAACAUCAUAGGGGAGAAGAUUGAGAUCAUCGCUCCCGUGAACUCCCCUUCGCUGGACUUCAACGACAACGAGGACAUCCCCACGGAGCUCAGCGACUCCUCUGACACCCACGACGAAGGGGAAGUCCAGGCCUUCUACGAGGACCUGAGCGGUCGGCAGUAUGUGAACGAAGUCUUCAACUUCAGCGUGGACAAGCUCUACGACCUCCUUUUCACCAACUCGCCCUUCCAGCGGGACUUCAUGGAGCAGAGGCGCUUCUCUGAUAUCAUCUUCCAUCCGUGGAAGAAGGAAGAGAAUGGGAACCAGAGCCGAGUGAUCCUUUACACCAUCACCCUCACCAACCCGCUGGCUCCCAAAACCGCCACUGUCAGGGAGACGCAGACCAUGUACAAGGCGAGCCAGGAGAGCGAAUGUUACGUGAUCGACGCCGAGGUCCUCACCCACGACGUGCCCUACCACGACUACUUCUACACCAUCAACCGCUACACGCUCACCCGCGUGGCUCGGAACAAGAGUCGGCUCAGGGUCUCCACAGAGCUGCGCUAUCGUAAACAGCCCUGGGGGUUAGUGAAAACCUUCAUCGAGAAGAACUUCUGGAGCGGGCUGGAGGACUACUUCCGCCAUCUAGAGAGCGAGCUGGCCAAAACGGAGAGCACCUACCUGGCUGAGAUGCACAGACAGUCUCCCAAAGAGAAGGCCAGCAAGCCCCCGACGGUGCGGAGGAGGAAGCGUCCCCAUGCCCACCUGCGGGUCCCUCACCUGGAAGAGGUGAUGAGCCCUGUCACCACGCCCACUGACGAAGACGUGGGCCACAGGAUCAAGCAUGUGGCAGGUUCCACGCAGACACGGCAUAUCCCCGAGGACACCCCCAACGGCUUCCACCUGCAGAGCGUGUCCAAGCUGCUGCUGGUUAUCAGCUGUGUUCUGGUGCUGCUGGUCAUCCUUAACAUGAUGCUCUUCUACAAACUCUGGAUGUUGGAAUACACCACGCAGACCCUCACUGCCUGGCAGGGUCUCAGGCUCCAAGAAAGGUUACCCCAGUCUCAGACAGAAUGGGCCCAGCUCUUAGAGUCCCAACAAAAGUAUCACGAUACUGAGCUCCAAAAAUGGAGGGAGAUCAUCAAAUCCUCAGUGAUGCUCCUUGACCAGAUGAAGGACUCACUCAUCAACCUUCAGAACGGCAUCAGGUCCCGUGACUACACGUCCGAAAGCGAAGAGAAGAGGAACCGCUAUCACUGACAAGGCAGGAGCAGGGGUGGCUGCAAGCGGCCUGUGCAAUACGUGUACAUAGACCAUAUAAAUAUAUAUAUAAAUAUAUAUAUACAGAAUAUAAAUAUAUAUAUUAUAUACAGAUUUUAAAAAGAGAUAAUGCCUAUGUACCAGGGAGAAGGAGCGGGACCUCCCGCCCCCUGUGCUGGCUGGAGCAGUGCUUUCCUUCGGUGGAGGGGCUGAGGAGGGCAGGGACCACCUCUCAGCACCGACCUCCCCUGACCCUCCUCCCAUCCUCUGCUCCCCACCCCUUCCCUUGCUGGCCACUCCUGGCUCUCAGAAGGGAAAUGUUGAGCCAGAGCUAUGCCUGCGAAGACCCUAGGGUCUUGAAACGAAGUCUCAAGGGGGCAUUGCUUAAGGUGCUUCAUUCCCUAAUCUCCUUUUGAUUUGUCUCCAAAAUAAAAGAGGAUCUUUUCUUCCCUACCCCACGCUUCCCCCGGCGUUCUCUUGGGAACACGGAAGCACCAAGGGCAGGAGCCCAAUCUAAACUCCACCCGCUUGAUACGGACCGUGCGCUAAGCGUCAGGUGGAGAGGACUGUUUGAAAGCUGGGAAGGCUGCAUUUGUGGGGUCGCAGGCUCCUGAGGACUCAUGUUCUGAAGGGUAUUCUCCUCAAUCACCCCUGCACCUUCCUCCGACCUGUGUAGGGUGUGGACCCAGUAAGGGCUGGGGAUUUCUUACUUUCCCACCUCCUUUCUCUCUGGUCUUCUCCCAGGCUGGAUCUGGGUGAAGUGUCACUUUUUAGUGCCUAAAGUCCCAUUGUUUCUCUGUGCCUUAAGAGCACAUUGUUUAUUAGCCAGGGUGGAGCAUUUUCGACCUUGUUAAACCUCUCGUAGUGGUCAUAAGCAAGUCAGGUCUGUGGCUGUAAUUCCUUCACCUGGAGCUGUCAGUUUGAUUUCCAGGAUGAGUCAGGGUGUCGUAGGCCCUCCGGGGUUUGAGAGAGAGAGAGGAUGCCCUAGCCACGUCUGGGUUGCAGGGUCUACCCACACAACGCUGUGCGAGAAGUGAGCACCAAUAGCAAGGCACUCACAGGGUUGCCAGCACCAUUUACUCUUGGUAAAGAACCAACAUUAGCCAUUGGAGACAACUGUCUGAGAUACUUUGCACAUGGAGAAAACAUCUAAGCCAUUGGAGGGAAGGAUUUGGCAAAGGUGCAGGUGUUUAGGCAGGAAAAGGCCUGAUGAAAUCUCUGCCCCAGGGAGCCCAUUGCAAAUCCUGAGUUUCUCAGACUUGGGAGUUCUGGUGGGGGAUGGGGUGCAAACUCUUCUCUGGUCUCUGGCCCCAGAAGAGGUAUAAGAUCACUAAGGAGUAGAAGAAGCCAGAUUAGGAGAGUGAGGCAUCCAGGACCUUUUUCAGGGUUGGCCCACUGGGACCCAUGCGUUGAUCUGAAUUCAUGGGGCCCUUCAGGGUACAUUCAUCAUCCUUCAUACACUAAUUUCUCUUCCUCCAUAUAAUGAGCAAAAGUGUCACGCUAGCCCCAGGCAGAGCUCACAGAGAUUCUUGAACAGGAAAGACUCACAGCCAAUUUGGCAAGGAGAGCGCUUCAAGCUUGCUGUGCUUCUCCUGGGCUUCUCGAUGCGAGAGGCAGAAGGAACCCCAGAACCCCAGAUGUCCCAGAGCAUCAGCACAAAGGAAGGAAGACUUUUAUCACUGUUCUACCCCGAAGAGAAAGUCGUUUUCUUCCCUUAGUGUGAGAAUAAGGCCUUGGUAUUUCCCUAAGGACAGGAUCAGAAGGCAGAAAGGUCCAUGCCCAGGUCAUUCCCCAGGGGAGGAGGAUGAGCAGGCCCCAGGUGGCCAGCUGGAGUUGCCGUCCCUCCCCUACAAAAGGAGACGUGAGGAAACGGAGUUACAUUUCAUCCCUGUGAAGGGUGCGUAUGGCCCUUUGGUCACUGUGAAGUUCUUGUCCAGGACUUCAAGUGAGGGUCAAGGCUCACGGGCCCUGAGCCAAAGAAGGAGGCCUGGUCCAGAUUGCUGGAAAUUUCCCCUUGGCAUAGCCGAAAGCCAAAACUACCCCCGGAAACUCUUGAACACAAAAAUUAUAAAUCCCCAAAUUUAUUCCAUACAUAAUUAUUUACUUAAGUUAUUUAAUUAUUAAAGGUGCCACGGUGGGACUUUUGGGAUGACGUAAGAAAGGGUUCUUUGCUGGGAGUGAAGUGAUGAAGCAGACGCGGCCACAGAGCUGUUCCACUUCCGCUUUAUCUCUCAGACCCAUUCAAGGGAGGAGUAGGUGACAGGGAGGGAGGCACUUAGCAUGUCAGGGAACCCUCCUGUUCUCUGGUGGUUUGAACCCAAUGCACCAUGUGUGCACACAGGGAAUGUCCCCUAAGAGUCAUGGAUCUCUUAUGGGCUCUCUCUGUUCUAAUAUAUAUAUACAUAUUUAACUUUCAAGUCAGGAGAAAACCAAUAGCAAUUCAUUCGCAAACAGGAUCUUUUUCCCCGUAGUUAAUAACUUGUGAAAGAGAAGGGAACUCACUCUUGCAGUCUGGGAGUGAAAACAAAUAAAUAGCAUUGCAGCUCCUGCAAGAGAGCGUUGUUCAAACCACCACUUCUUACACUACUUCUUCCAGCCAGCGCUCUUGUUGUUGUUUUUAUUUACGUAGGAACUCUGAGGCACACAGGAGUCUUUCUGUGAGGAUUUACGUGGUAAAACAUUUGAGCGUUUGCACUCAGUAUUAAAGAAUUUGCAGUUUCUAACCAGGCGAAGAACAGCUAUGGGGUCUAGAUUUCCACUCCAGCUUCCUGUAGGAGUGACAGGAUUGGCCUCCGAGAAGCCAGGCAUGUCUGCAACUCUUCCCCCUUCCCCAUCCACCUCCCUGGGACGAGGGGACAAUGUCUCAGGUGAGCAAGAUCAGCAGCUUGAAGCUGUCUCUGGAAGAACCCUGGACUGAGAGUCGGGAGACCUGAGCCUGAGUCCCAACUCUGCCGUUUUGACUAGCUCUGGGGCCUUGGUCAAGUCACUCCCCCUCUCCCAGCCUCAGGACCCUCCUGUACCAGGAAGGGGUCGGGCUAGAUUAUCGUUAAGGUAGGUUCUAGUGUUGGCGUCACCUCGGAGGUUAAGCCUGAGGCUGGCAAGAAUGGGCUUUCUCAGAAUUGGGAGUUGCCCUGCCAGGAGGGAACACGUCUUCUGGGCUAGAGCUUCUCUGGCAUUUAGAGGUGUGGCAGGGCAGUGUCCAGUUUCCCAGGAAGCCCAGGGUAGUUAAAAUUUCUUCCUCAAGGGCUUGGAGGGCUAGAGAGGCCCAGUGGCUGACAGAGAAAGAUUAACUUUGAUGUAUUGCUCAGUAUUAACUUAGGAGGGUUUCUUCCUUCUUUGGCCUAGCCUUAGUUUGGGAAGGGGCCUUCCCUUGGACUUGUCUAAGCUUAGGAAAAGAGCACCUUAUUUUGAAUGGGGCCCGUCUUCCAUUUCCUGGCUCUGUGAAGCCUUCCGUCUAUCCAGACUUCCUCAUUACCGAUAGAGGAAGCAGUGGAGAGAAGCCAUUUCCGGGUCUAGCACUUCUUUUGGCUCAGCCCAAACAUUGUUGGGCUUUGGAUUAAGUACGAAGCUUUGGCGAAAAUCCUUGGGUCGCCUUAGAGCACUGGCACUGAGAACCUGGGAUUACGAGGAAAGGCGAGGGGCAAGAGGCCUGAGAGGAAUGCUUUGUUAAAAGUGGAUUCUUCCCAUGUCCCUGUCCCCCACCCACGCUCGGACUGCACCUACUACACUUGCAAGCAGCAUCUCCAGGGUGAGAUCCUGGAGAAAGGACUAGGGGAAGAACCUUUCUGGACUGUUAGUGAUUCCAGAAGGGUCCUUUCUAUGCCAUACCAUGACACUUCUUAAGCUCUGCAGGGCAGCCAAAGCCAGCCCUUCCCUCUGAGGGCCCCCAAGAGAAAUAGCAUUCUUCUCUCUUCCCCAGAUGCCAGGGCUGUGGUGUCCCUCCCUGUCCCAGGUGCCCUGCCUGCCCCCUCCAGUAGGAACCUCCAGGACCUCUGCUCCUGACCCUCCCUCCCCAACUCGUCUCUAGGCUGUGGGACGUCAUCCCAUUCACCCCCUGACAUCCUUGACCACAACCUCUAGCAGGCUGGCCCCACUCCUCUCCACCUCUGUGUUUUCUUCCAGAAGAUGUGUUUUGGGUCCGAAAGGAGCAUUUUUCUGGAAGGCCAUCUUUUAACGCCCCUGCUUUCCUAACGCGGAGCAGGAAUUUGCACAUGGUGUAGAGAGCUCCCCUUCCCGCCUCUCUGCCCAGCCUCGUUACCUCACUCCCGCUCUGGCCACGGCCAUGGUGGGCCCAGCCAGCUCCCUGUUUUGAUGUUCUGUGCGACAGCUCAGGGGUCUUGUGACUCGAGGUCCUCAGCAGGCCCUGGAGCCCGGAUUGGAGCCUUGGCUGCCGGUACGAAGCACCUUGCCUGCCAAGAGGAGCUGACGCCCGGCAACCUCCCCGACAUGUGAAGGCUUAAAGAACAUUGUCAUCGCCGCCCCUCAGCCGUCCUUGCUUCUGUCCACACAAUAAGACAUUGCGGAAGCAAAAUGGCAGCCUCUGCUCCAGGCAAGACAGCUGGCUCUGUCUGGGGAGCUGGCCCUGGGCUCGGGCGCCACAUGCUGAGAUUGCGUAGUAAAAGCGACCAUUUUUGCCAACAAUAGUGUGUGGCUCCCCACGUCUCCCUACCCUGCACUCUAGGGCCAGACCACUCUCUGCAUGGACCGGACCAUCUUCCCAAACCCAUGGUGCUUUUUCCUCCCACUCAACCUAGACUCCAAGGUGGGGAGGGACGGGUCGGAGGCCAUAGGUGGCCCCUGGAUAAUCCUGACACGGGUGGGGUGGGGCGAGGCAGAGGGAGCAGCCCCCAACACCUGCACUGGGCCAUAUACUGGAAAGAACACAGGUUGACUGCAGUCGAGUUGUCUGGCCGUCUGUGUUUGGAUCUAUAACUGUACUUUGCCUGGCGCUGUGCGCAAGGUCUGAAAACUUACUGCUAGUACCUAGAAGCAUAAAAGGCUACCCAGCCAAAUCUUAAUGUAAAGUAGCUAGAGCCAUGGAAGUACAGUAUGAAUUAAAAGAAAAAAGUAUUGAACU